UUUAAUUUUUUGAAUUUAUUACAAAUAUAAAUCAAAAUUAAAAAUAUAUAUAUAUAUAGAAAAACCUUGAACGUACAAACAAAUUUAAUACCAAUAUAAGAUUUUUCUUAAAAAAUUCACCAAACAAAAAGUAACAAGAGAAUAAAGUCUUAUUAGUUGAAAAAAUAAAAAUGUCCACCAACGAAUUUAGCGAAUUGAUCGCUAUGGGUUGUCCUGACCUUGGGUCGACGCCUAACAGCAACGGGGGAGGCAGUGCUAGUGGCAGCAGCACUCAAAUACACAUUUAUGAUGAAAAACGUCGUCUGAGUGUUAAACAAAUGACUGCUACAGAGUUGGCAGCUGUACGUGCUGCUGCAGCUUUAGAAAUUAAAAACGCCCUAACAAAAGUCAGCGAACCAGUUCUAGUGGCAAGUGCCCCAGCCACACCAUUACCAAAAACCAGCGGCAGCAGUUUUAAUUUCAAUCAUGCCGAUUCAAUAGUCUCUGCACCAACAACACCAUUAAUAAAUGCAACAACAAAUAUUUCUAAAAUGCCCAAAACUCCAGAAAUCGUUAUGGAUUAUGUUGAUAGCAAUACUAAUAGUGCUAAUCAAUCUUAUCAGGUCUCACGUUCACCCAGUCCUGGAGAGACCAAAUUAGAUGCAAAGGUAAAAUUAUUACCAUCAUCUCCGGCACCCAGAGAUCGCAUAACAUCAUUACCCUCUAUACUAGACGACGGUAUGGAGGAACAUUUUCUCUCGCUUCAGACAACGAAUACGGCUGAUAACAAACGUUCGAAUAAUCAAUUAACUGUGUCAGCAAAUGCUCUGUUGCUGCAAAACUCUGAUGGUUCAAUUUCUCCCAAAGGUGGUGCUACUUCCUCCCAAGCCUCUUCAAAUAAUUCUCUACAAGAGGCCGGAGAAAAGAAUCAAUUGCUAAUUGACUCUAUUGAGUUAAUGCGAAAACAACGUAGAGAUCGUGAUAAUUCACGAGAAAGACGUUCGGAUUCUUUACUAGAUGAACGGCGUUUGUUUCAUGAUCGUAGCGCUGCACCCGAACGUGUACAUUCAUCCAGCAUUAGUAGUUUGGGCUCAGCAGCUGGUGGUGUUUCUUCAGUAUCAUUAUCUCUAAAUCCAAGUAAAACUACAAGUCGUCAUAACAGCAAUUCCAGUGCUAUAAGUGAAACUUCUGCAUCUGCUACCGUGGUUUUACCUCCUACCCCACCUCCUUUAUAUCCCUUGGCUAAAACGAGCUCGGCACCGAAUAUGGAAAGACGUAGAAGCAGUUUGUCUUCACUAUUUCCCGGUCCUUCACCAUUAGUGGCCCCUGAACCUGUGCUACACACUGAUCCCCAAGUAGAUAAAGAGUUCACUAAGGAAGAAAUCCAAGAAAUAGUCAAUGACACUAUAAAUAGAGAGAUUCCUACAGGUAAACAAGUUCAUCGUACCAAGACCCCACCACCAGUGGGAGUGAAAUUGGGAGUAAAUUUAAAAAAGGUUACACCGCCCAGAACCCAUAUAACUGUUAAGAAAAAUGAAGGACCCAUGUUGGGUGUGGUAUUGCGCAAGGUAGAGAAAAAACAAGUGCCUCAAAAGAGUAUACUGGACGAUGAUAAACCCUUGUAUCAUUUAUCGAUUGUACGCAGUGAUGGUAAAGACUACAAACCCUCUGAACAUCAUACGACCAUUAAACCUAAACCAAAACCUGCACCACUUCAAAAAUCUGCAACUAUAGCGGCAAAACCAAAUCCGGGAGGUAUUCUAACAGGUCCACAACAAACACCUAAGGCAGUAGCACAUCCCGUGCCUCAAACACCUGGUAAGCCACAACGUCCCAUGCCUGGAGUACCCAUUACCAUACAGAAAAUUGAAGGCGAUAAAAUUAUUAUAAUUAAAAAGUAUAUUGUGCCCAAAAACAGCAAAUUACCGGAACAUCUUAUGAAAGUUGGGCAAAACAAUGCUGAAACUAUAGAAGAUCUUGCCGCACAUGAGAACCAGCCGCAAGUAACAAUGCCAAAUAUGCAAAAGUCACCGGCACAACAGCAGCAAACUAUCAGGGAUGCUAAUGCUCAGCAAACCUAUCAAAUGAUCUAUCCUCAAAUGGCCACGGUUAUGACAUCUAGCAAAGCUGAAACCAAAUCGGGCCUAAGAUCACCCAUCUCCUCACCCUUGGCUUUGCGCAAGAAUAGAGGUCUACCACCGGUAAGUCCAAAAUCUACACCACCUUUGCCCAGGAAACAUUAUCCCUUGGCUUAUAAUGCCAACAACACCACGGGCAGCAGUACAUCUACACCAAUUACCAUACCAGCGGUACCACCUAGAAUGAUGGCGGCAGCUACCGCCUCUAGUCCAGCUUCUAGCUUAUCACUAUCUUCCUCAACAUCAUCACCCUCUUCAUCGCCGCCACCACCUCCCUUACCCUCCAGGGCACCGAAACUGUCAUCAGGCGGCAAUAUCCAUAAAUUACUAAACGAAGUCUCCGGAUCAAAAACACAAAAACCUCAUAUAUCUUCCUCUCCCAAAAAAGCGCAACAGGAGAAGCCAAGUAAUCAAAUCAAUGAAAUCGAUUUGGAUAAAUUAUUAGCUCAACAAAAAAAGUUAGAGGAAAAAACAGCCGCAGUCCAAGCCUCCUCAAAACUGGAUGCCUCAUUUUAUGAUGCCGAAAUUGAAAUGAUGAAUAAAUAUUUGAAAAGUUUACCCGACUACAGUGAGUUAGAUCGUAAAUUGCACCAGGAAUUUCAAGAGUGCGAGGAUUUAUAUGAUAAACUCAAAAAGAGGCAGGCUCCUCUAAGUAAAUCUAACUCUCAACAAAGUGUCAUAGGAGAUGUCCAAAACAAAACUCUGUUGCCAACUCAAGAGACAGUAGGGAAUAAUAAUGGCCUUACCAAGUCCUCUUCUACUAACUUUCAUAUCGCCCCCAAUGUGGCGAAUCAAACACGCAUACAAUAUCCCUCGAUAUUCCAGCAAAAACCCAAAUUACAAAGGAGUAUUUCCAGUUCCAAUAUGCCAUACAGCAACUCUUCUAUGCAACAAUCUUCGCCGGCUUUACAGAGAAGUCUCUAUUAUGAUAAUCAACCAUUAACAGAGGAAAAGAAUUCCUCACUCAGUGGCUCCAAUUUAUCUUUAAACAAACAAAUGUUGAAUGAUUUUUGGACAGAAAAUCUAGCUCAAAACCAAAAACGACAAACUCCCAAGCGUACUUUAUGGAAUUUUGACAAAGUUUGCAAUUCCACGGUAGGAGCUGCAGGAGCUCCCUUAAAGGUAGAUGCUCAAACUGCCAAAAAAUUAGCUAUAUUUGAUCCCACAGUGGCGGAAGCGGCUCAAAAGGAACUACACAAACAACCUAACAAAUUGCAGAAAAAUGCUUCGCUUUCUCAUCUGGACAUGAAAGUACGCCAGGCAGUAACAAAAGAAGAUCUCUAUAAACUAAUAUGUAACGAACCCUCCUCACCAAAUGCGGUAGAAACAAAUACAAAUGCAACAAACUUCGUUAGUAAAGUACCUCUUAAAAUAGCCGCUGCCCCAGUAACAGCUUUAAAUAAAAGUGUCUCAAUGACACAUGUGCCUCAGACUGUUGGUCAAACUCCCUUUAAUAACAACUCCACUACACAUGCACCCUUUAACAACAAUCUGCGUAGAUCGACUAGUAAAACACAUAUACCUUGUUAUAUGAAACAUUUGCCUUCUCUCAGUCGUAGUACCUCAAAUAGUGCUAUUCUCUUGCCACCUGAUCCCAAACCUUCGAAUGAAGGCAAUCAUGUUAUUAAUAGAUCUUCAUUCAAACCAAUUAAUCAGCCUCUAGUAAACAACUCAUUGACAAUGUCUGCGUCAUGUUAUGACACAGCGACUUCGUCGUCACCGAAAACGAAUGAGACAUCUACAGUCAAUCCUCUAAGAGGUCUAUUAAAAAGUCUAUCAAGUUCAAAUGUUUAUGGAGCUCCUAAAUAUAGCCCAUUUUACGCUAGCAAACAGCAGCAGCAGACGUCUAGUGAGUCAUCACAACCUAUAAAGCAAGUAGUACAAAUGACAACUUCUUUGGUGGCAAAUGUUGCAGCAACAUCAAAUGCCAAUGAAUUGAAGGGUACUACUGCUUUAAAUGAUGAAAUCAUGAUGUUAAGGCAGCAGCAGCAGCAACAACAACAACAGCAGCAGCAAAUAGAGAAAAACAAACAAAAUUUCAAAGAGUCUCUAAGCAAAAAUAUUGCUAACAACAAUGUGGCAAAGAUUAAUAUUGAUUCUCCCUCCCUGGAACGUAAAUCGGAAAAAAGUAAUAGUACUAUAAGUACAAGUAGUGUUACAGUUACAAACUGUUGUACCACCCACUUGCCACAAUUAACAAAAUUGACCUCAUCUUUUCAUAUACCACCCACUCAAGAUAAAACCCAAGCAACAAAUGUCCAUAAUGCCCAAGGAAUUAGUUGUAUUGGAAAUGCAGCUAGCCAGGAAGAAAGUUUACCAAGAGUGGGUCAAUACAAGAUCUCAAAAACUCAAAGUGCUGCCAAUUUAGAAAUGUCAAAGCGUCAAAAAGACGCCGAUAAUAAAAUAGAAAAAUGUUUCAAUGAUAUAAUGAAAAAAUCUCAGAAUGUAACAACGUCGUCAGCUACGACGUCAGCGUUAACAACAACAGCAACAACGACAAAUACUAUAAGCAGCGUUUCUGCCGCAAUGUCAACACCAACAAUAGCGCAUAAUUUAAAUGCCGAAAAAGUAAAUGUUAAACAAGAGCCAAUAAAUAAUGACAACGCCAACUCAUCUUUGUCGAAUCUUCAAAGCGCUGCACCAACAAACCACAAGGUUAGUGAAAAUUUAACCUCUCAACCAUUAACAUCAACUACUACAUCCGGCAACACAAACAAGAAUUUAUCGCAAAUCCCAGUGGCCACUACGAAUUUGACUCAAUUACCUACGAAGAAAAAUUAUCCUAUUGGAAAAUCGAACUCAACAUCUCAAAUACCCAUGGCGAGUUAUCAAAGACCUCAGCUCUUGCAAACUAUACCUCAGCAACAUGUAGCCGAAACAAAUAAUAUGGCAAGUGCACAGCUCAGCUAUCCGCAACAAAAGAAAACAUUUUUAAAUUGGACUUCUUUUGCUUGCAAUACUAAUGAUCCCAACUAUCAACAACCACCAAGAUUACAACAGUCUGGUUCUGUUAACAAUGUUGCAAGGAAAAUGCAACAUUUUCAACCCAUACAGCCGCAAUCUACGUUGUCAACAUUUAAACCGGAGUUUUUGCAAAAGAAUACCAAUAAAGAGAACAAAUUACAAACGCAACAACUACAACAGCAGCAGCAAUUAUAUAAUAACCAGCAACAGUGUUUGGUGAGUCAGCAGCAACAACAACAACAACCUUCUGCUUUUGUUUAUCAGCCACGUACGAAAAAUCCUUUGAGCCAUUCGGCCUCAUUUUCAGCUGUGCAAAAACCCAUUGCCUUGCAAAUGCAUUUGGGCCAACUUCCCGUUAUGGAGCAACAAUCUAAACCUCAAUAUAUGAUAAAUAACUUUGGCAACAUGAUGCCGCAACAUCAUGCCAGACAGCCUCAACAAGAACGUAAAAUAUUGCAAACCUUUGAUCCUUUCUACACCAAUAAAUCUAUGGAACAAAAGUUUUAUCAACACAAACCUAAUCAACAGAAUACUCAAACAAAUAUUGCAGCGGCUGCUGCUGGUGGUGCUGGGUUUAAUCGUUAUCAACAACAAUUUGUGCCCAUUUUACAACAUCAACCCCAACAAAACAAACAACAUAAUCCAUUGAUGCAAUCGGCUUCAGCUUCGGCCUUAAAUUUCUAUCAGUCCCAACAAGCCCAGCAACAAAUGAACAAUACCACGCAAGUAUUUCAUCAACCUUUAAUGUAUCAGCAACAUGUGUCACAACACCAGCAACAACAACCACAGCAAACACAACAUCCUUUGCAACAAAGUAAUUCUAUGAUUUUGAAUCAUACAAAAACCAACAAUCAAAUGUCUAAAUCCGCCCUAGGACUUCACUAUAUCGAGACAGCAAAGCCCGUCAUACAAGAUGAUGCUGAUGGCCACUUGAUUUAUCACUCUGGCGAUAUACUUCAUCACAGAUAUAAAAUCAUGGCCACUCUCGGUGAAGGUACAUUUGGACGUGUUGUCAAGGUCAAAGAUAUGGAAAGGGACUUUUGUAUGGCCUUGAAAAUCAUUAAGAAUGUGGAAAAAUAUCGUGAAGCUGCCAAAUUGGAAAUUAAUGCUUUAGAAAAGAUUGCACAGAAGGAUCCAAAUUGUGAACAUUUGUGCGUAAAAAUGAUAGAUUGGUUCGAUUAUCACGGACACAUGUGCAUUGCUUUUGAAAUGUUAGGUUUGAGUGUUUUCGAUUUCUUGCGUGAGAACAACUACGAACCAUAUCCAUUGGAACAAGUGAGACACAUGGCCUAUCAGCUGUGCUAUUCUGUGAAAUUUUUACAUGACAAUCGUUUAACGCACACAGACUUAAAGCCUGAAAAUAUACUUUUUGUUGAUUCAGAAUACAAUACACAUUAUAAUCAUAAGAUUAAUCGUGAAGUUAGACGUGUCAAAAAUACCGAUGUGCGUCUAAUCGAUUUUGGUUCAGCCACUUUUGAUCAUGAACAUCAUAGUACCAUAGUAUCGACACGUCAUUAUCGUGCACCAGAAGUUAUACUCGAAUUGGGUUGGUCCCAACCGUGUGAUGUUUGGUCUAUAGGCUGUAUACUCUUUGAACUGUAUUUGGGCAUAACACUAUUCCAAACCCAUGACAAUCGUGAACAUCUUGCCAUGAUGGAACGUAUACUUGGACAGAUACCAUAUCGUAUGGCACGCAAUCAUGUUCUUUACAGCAAAACUAAAACAAAAUAUUUCUAUCAUGGUAAGUUGGAUUGGGAUGAGAAAUCAUCGGCCGGUCGUUAUGUGCGUGAUCAUUGUAAGCCACUAUUUAGAUAUCAAAUGAGUGAUAGUGAAGAUCAUUGUGAAUUAUUUGAUUUAAUUAAGAAAAUGUUGGAGUAUGAACCAUCACAACGUGUUACGUUAGGUGAAGCUUUACGUCAUCCAUUCUUUGAUAAACUCCCACCACAUCAGCGUGUAGGUGAUCCAGCCUCAAAAGUAAUGCAACCCGCCUCGUCUGGUAGCAGCAGCCGUGAACGUUCACACAGUUUAUCAAGAUGAGAAUUGGCACGAUUUGGUUAUUAUUAAUUAAUAACAACAUUUUUAAUUUCUAUACUAUGCUAAACAAAAAAAACAACAAACAA